UACUCUUUUCUUUGAAAGGAUCGUUGUGUGUCGAAACGGCGCUGUAGCAGCUUGGCAUCCUGCUCCAGCUUUCCCAUACGAGCACUCGAGACCAGUGAGUCUGAAGAAAGACACAGAAGAGGAGACGCCAUUGUCUUUCGCUGUGAAACGAGCGAAUCGCUGGAAGAGCGGUCCUAAUCACUCUCAGCUGAAAGAUAUUUUUUAUACAAACAAACACGAGUGGUUUACGAGUUUGCUUAAUCUUUACUCAUUAUCAACCCUUUACCAAAAUUUAUUUGCUAUUUUAAUGAUGUUCUCAUGGUUCAGAACCAGGGAAGAGCGCCUUCGAACUAUGCGAUUAUCCUCUUCACUUUGUCGGUAUUUCAAAGUUGUAAAUCUUGGUAGAUUAUCAUAUACUAAAGGACUAGAAGAACAGAAAAAGAACUUCUUAUUAGCUGUAGAACACCCUCCUGUCUAUACUGUAGGUAUUCGUGAGAAGUUAUAUACGGAAGAAGAGGAACUUAAGUUAAAAGCUCUUGGCGCUGAUUUUUGUAGAACCUCGCGGGGCGGCUUGAUAACUUUUCAUGGACCAGGACAACUCGUAAUUUAUCCUAUUUUUAACCUCAAACAUAUAGCUCCGCGUCCACUAGGGGUGAAGAAGUAUGUCGAAAUGCUAGAACAAGUUGUCAUUGAUUGUGCUAGUAAAGAUUUCGACAUAUCAAAUGUAGGACGAACUCAACAUACAGGUGUUUGGGUUAAUGGAAACCGAAAGCUUGCUGCUUUGGGAAUAGCCGUAUCCCAUGGAGUCUCAUAUCAUGGCUUAGCAAUAAACUGCAAUACAGAUCUAACCUGGUUUGAU